UACUACAAACAGCUGAUUGGUCGUUCGUCACACAAGUACCAUUAGUACCAUUCAAAAACCAUGGCAACGAUGAUCCAAAAGCUACAUUUAGCCGCCCCAUACAACAUCUUCUACAACACAAUCCCCUGCGUACCCCAGCAAGACAACACGAUUUUCUUCACGGACUUGCUGUGCCCCAGCUUAGGCAAACUGAAAACCUCGCUCCAAAUAACGUUUAAAGUGGACAUCGAGUGGCUCAUGAAUCAGUACGACCAAAAACACUUGCGGUCCAAACCUCUAACGAUACUAUAUGGCGAAGAAAACCCAGAACUGGAAAAAUACGUCUCUGAUAAUUUGCCCAACGUGAAAUCCCACUGUGUGGCGGUCAGUGACUUACACGGAAGCCACCGCUCAAAACUAGCGAUUUUCGUUUACGACGACGACUCAGUUCGAGUGGUGGUGUCCAGCGCGAAUUUGUACCAAGACCACUGGGAGCACUUCAACCACUGCUUUUGGGUGAGUCCUUUAUGUCGAAUGUCUGAAUGCGCUCGUGAUUCCCCCACUGGCUUCAAAAGCGACCUUAUCCUGUUUUUAAAACAGUACAAACUGCCGGUUUUGGGCACCUGGAUUGACUAUGUAAAGCGCGCCGAUUUCCAUGACGUGAGGGUGUUUUUAGUGACGUCGUUACCGGGCUGCCACCCCACCGAGCGACCCUGGAGCCUCCUCCAGCAAAUGGCGAUUCUCCUGGACAAUUAUUGUGACGUACCUGAUCAGAAGGACUGGCCUGUGGUGAUCCAGGCGUCGUGUUUGGGGUCGUACGGGGAAAACGACAGGAACUGGUUGGAGUCCACUUUGUUGGUGAAUCUUCAGUCGACAGCUCCAUUCCAAAUAAUAUAUCCAUCGGUUGCUAACGUGGAAGGAGGGAUUUUUCCGAGGGAGAGUGUGACGGGUUUGAGGUACCUGAAAGCAAUACAUGACAAACAAAAAUGGCUGGAGCGCUACUUGUGGCAAUGGAAAGCCGACAAACUUGGCAGAAGUGGGGUCAUCAGUAAUUGUAAAACACUUUGUAGGAUCUCCCCCUGCUCCACGAAAGUGGGGUGGUUUUUACUAACCACUGCCAACGCGGCUAGAGGGGGCUGGGGGCAGCGAAAAUACGACGGAAUUUACGUCAGAAACCACGAAAUUGGAGUCCUAUUCAUACCGCGUUUCUUCGACGAAGACUACUUUCAAAUCGACGACGACAGCUUCCAAGUGUUCCCCAUCAUGUUUGAUUUACCUCUGACGAAGUACGAAGAGUGCGACGAACCAUGGACUAUGGAAAACGAACAGCAACCCACACAAAAAUGUUCCUAUAAGUUGGAUUUUCACGAACUGCCCUAAUCAGACGCCACUAAACUGUUAGAAUGUUGUUAAUUUUGUGUUACUUUUCAAAUUAAAUUUUUUCUGUUUGUAA